CCCGUCUCAACACUUUCUUCUUCUUCCUCCUCAAAACUCCAUUUCCUUAACCAUUUUUAACGCUCUCUCUCUCUCUCUCUCUCUCUCUCUCUCUAAGCUUAAGCAUCUGCCAUGGGGAAGAUCAAGAUCGGAAUCAACGGAUUUGGAAGAAUCGGUCGUUUGGUCGCCAGGGUAGCUCUUCUGAGCGAUGACGUUGAGCUUGUUGCCGUCAACGAUCCGUUCAUCAGCACUGAUUACAUGACAUACAUGUUCAAGUACGAUACGGUGCACGGGAAAUGGAAAAACCAUGAAUUGAAGGUCCAUGACGAAAAGACCCUUCUAUUUGGAGAGAAGGCUGUUAAAGUCUUUGGAUUGAGGAACCCGGAAGAGAUUCCAUGGGCUGAAGCUGGUGCUGAAUUUGUGGUUGAAUCUACUGGAGUGUUCACUGAUAAGGAUAAGGCUGCUGCUCACUUGAAGGGUGGUGCUAAAAAGGUUGUGAUAUCUGCUCCUAGCAAAGAUGCUCCCAUGUUUGUUGUGGGAGUAAAUGAGAAGGAAUACAAGCCAGAGCUGAACAUAGUUUCCAAUGCGAGCUGCACUACUAACUGUCUUGCUCCCUUGGCAAAGGUCAUCCAUGACAGGUUUGGCAUUGUUGAGGGUCUCAUGACCACUGUCCACUCCAUCACUGCUACUCAGAAGACUGUUGAUGGUCCAUCUAUGAAAGACUGGAGAGGUGGAAGAGCUGCAUCAUUCAACAUCAUCCCUAGCAGCACUGGGGCAGCCAAGGCUGUUGGAAAGGUUCUGCCAGCUCUUAAUGGAAAACUGACUGGAAUGUCCUUCAGAGUUCCCACUGUGGAUGUUUCUGUUGUCGACCUCACUGUUAGAAUUGAGAAAAAGGCUACCUAUGAUGAUGUCAAGGCUGCCAUCAAGGAGGAGUCAGAGGGUAGCCUCAAGGGUAUUCUCGGCUACACAGAAGAAGACGUAGUGUCAUCCGACUUUGUUGGUGAUUCCAGGUCCAGCAUCUUUGAUGCCAAGGCCGGGAUAGCUUUGAACGAUAACUUCCUUAAGUUUGUUGCCUGGUAUGACAACGAAUGGGGUUACAGUUCGCGAGUGAUCGAUUUGAUUCGCCACAUGCAUUCCGUGGCUCAGUGAGGCGGUCGGGGCUUUGGACGCAGUUGUUGCUCAGCCGCCCCGGAGGUUUUUGUGGUCUUUCAGUUUUCUUGGCAUAUUAUGUAAUGAAUAAAGGAGACAAGUGUCUUUACUCUUUUAGCUACUCUGUUUAGUUUUAUGGCAUGUUUUGGUUCGCAGUUUAUUUGCUUUUAUUGUGGAAAAUAGAAAGAGACUUUGUUUAGUACUUCAAUGUGGUGUAGAGUUCUUUCUAAUAUAAGAUGGUUUUGCUA